AUGUACCAAUUAAUUGGCACAAUCUAUACACCGCCGUCAGCACCUAUCAAGGACCAAGUGAUACUCGGGAGCUUACGCCGUCUGGUUCUUUACAACACCAGUUUAACUUCAACACCAUCUGCACUAGGAACACGGACACUCCAACAUGUCCUCAUCUUUUGGGUUGACUGGUGUUGCACACCAGGCCAACCUCAAACGAAAAAAGUUCAUGGGGUGGGAAAGAAGAAAAGGAAACACAAUCAUCUAAAUAGGAAGGAUAGGAUAGAAGAUCAAGCUGUUCUAGACCCUAACCUGUUGAUGACAACAAUCCGGAGUUCCUACCGCAGCAGAAUUUGGGCUCAAUUCAAAUUAAACAAUGGAAGGAUCGCUUAUGGUUCCCGGAAUCAACAGUCUAUCCGAUACUAUCAGACCCCGCCCUCCUCUGCAGAAGACAUUUACAAAGAUAUCCCGAUUCCUUCACACAUAGCAAUAGGCCAGGGUGUCUGCUCCAAACAAAGGACAUCUCAGAAAAGAGCUCGUUGA